GCUGCCGCCGCCGGCUUAGAAGUCAACGAAGGUCUUGCGGCCGCGUUGGCGAAGUACGACGACGGGCCCGAGCCGCUCGCCGCCGAGCCGCUCGCCGAGGACUGCGUCUACGAUGAUUUCAUGAAGGUCGACCUGCGCAUCGCCCGGGUCGUGGAAGCGAACCACGUCGAGGGCGCCGAUAAGCUGCUGCAGCUGACGCUGUCGCUCGGCGGCGGCGAGACGCGGAACGUCUUCGCCGGUAUCAAGAAGGCUUACAAGCCAGAGGACCUAGUGGGCCGGCUCGUCAUGUACGUGGCGAACCUGGCGCCGCGGAAGAUGAAGUUCGGCGUCAGCACCGGCAUGGUCGCCGCCAGCGGCCCCGGCGGCGAAGAGGUCUAUUUGCUGUCGCCCGAUAGCGGCGCAAAGCCGGGGCAGCGAGUACACUAA